AUGUCGACGGAAGAGCCGGGCAGGAAGCUCGCCCUGGAGCACGGCGGGCACGACGGCUCGUCACUCUCGCACGUCGACAACGUCCUCGUUGGCCGCGAGAACCUGGGCGAGGUGCUCCCGCCGCACGAGACGUACGAGGGCCGCCACCGCUUCGAUCCCGCGGCGACGUGGACUCGGCAGGAGGAGCGCCGGGUGGUGCGCAAGACGGACGCGUACCUGCUCUCGUGGCUCUGCGUCAUGUUCUUCGGUCUGCAGCUCGAUCGCGGCAACCUGUCCAACGCGCUGGCCGACAAGAUCUUGCCCGACCUGGGCCUGACGACCGACGACUACAACAACGGCACUACCAUCCAGAUCGUCUGCUUCCUCGCCGCCGAGUUCCCCGUCCAGGUGCUCGCCAAGCGCUACGGCUUCAAGUAUAUCCUGCCAAGCUUGAUGAUGGCUUGGGGGACUGUUUCCUGGGGCCAGGCAUGGAUUCACGACAGAACGUCUUUUUACGUCACUAGGGCAUUCAUAGGUCUUUGUGAGGGCGGCUUCAUUCCUGCCACUAUCUUAUACGCAACAUAUUUCUACACCUCUAAGGAACUGGCGGUGAGGCUGGCGACCUUUUGGUCCACGCUAAACGUUGCGCGUUUUGUAUCGGCGCUCCUCGCUGCAGGCAUUCUUCAAAUGCGUGGGGUAGGAGGUUGGCCUGGCUGGUUUUGGCUUUUCCUCCUCGAGGGAUUGCUCACUUGCAUCAUUGCCCUCAUUUCCUUCUUCUACCUCCCGACAUCUCCAACUGGAACCAAGGGCGGUCUCUGGCGAAAGUCCUGGUACACUGAGCGAGAGGAGGUCAUCAUGGUAAACCGAAUCCUCCGGGACGAUCCGGCCAAGGGCCUAACGUCUCUCAAGGAGCCCGUCACGGUCAAAGACGUCCUGGACGCCUGGCGGGACCCUUCGGUCUGGGGGCUGUACCUAAUCGGCCUGAUCGCCUACAUCCCCGCCAGCCCGGUGCAGGCCUACCUGACGUACUCACUGAAUCAGCUGGGCUACACCCCCUUCGCCUCCAACAUGCUCACCAUCCCGUCGGCGGUGCUGCAGAUCUUCACGAUGCUGGCGCUCGCCUUCAGCAGCGACUACUUCAACGAGAGGACCCUGCACUGCAUCAUCGGCGAGGGCUGGCUGCUGCCCCUGCUGGCCGGCAUGCUCGCCAUCCCCGACGGCGGCCGGCCCUGGGAGCGCUUCUCGCUCGUGACCCUCGUGGCGGGCUAUCCGUACUUCCACCCAAUCGUGUCGGCGUGGAUCUCGGAGAACACGUUUGACGUCAAGAAGCGCGCCGUCACGGCCGCCACGUACAACGUCGUGGUGCAGGUCGGCUCCAUCAUCAGCUCCCAGAUCUACCGUUCGUGGGACGUGCCCUACUACAACACGGGCAACAAGGUGCUGAUCUCCAUCUGCGCCGCCAGCCUCGUCACCUUUGUCGCGCAGCGCCAGAUACUUUGCCACCUCAAUAAGAAGAAGGAGGAGAAGUGGAGCGCCAUGUCGCACCAAGAGAGGCUGGCAUAUCAAAACGACCAUACCGCGAGGGAGAAGGAGGGCAACAAGAGGCUAGAUUUCCGCUUCGUAUACUAGGCAGAAAGAAGCAAUGGACCACUGGCCAAGCCUUGUACUUCUCCACGGCAACACUAGAAGAGAUCUCAGAUGCUAUGCGAAAAAAUGAUAAUUCUAAUCUAUCGAAAUCCGUC